AUGCCACCUGCCAGCGCCCAUCAGUGCCACAUCAAUGCCACAUAUCAGUGCCCAUCUGAGCUGCCUUUCAGUGUCACCCAUCAGUGCCAGUCAGUGUCACCUAUCAGUGCCGCCUAUCAGUGCCCGUCAGUGCUGCCUAUCAGUGCCACCUAACAGUGCCAGUCAGUGCCACCUAACAGUGCCAAACAGUGCCGCCUAUCAGUGCCAGUCAGUGCCGCCUAUCAGUGCCAUAUAUGAGUGCUGCCUUUCAGUGCCCAUCAGUGAUGCCUGUCAAUGCCCAUCAGUGCCACCUACCAGUGCCUCCUGAUCAGUGCCCAUCAGUACCACCUAUCAGUGUCCAUCAGUGCAGCCUAUCAGUGCCCAUCAGUGCAGCCUCAUUAGCGCACAUCAGUGA